UAAUAUUACACGAAGCAGAACUGCUCUCUCUCCAGUUCACCGCUUACUUGUUUAUCACCCAUAUCAAAAUGGAAGGAAAAAAACUUCGACUCAUUAAGCUUCCCCUCCUCCUCUCCCUAUUCCUGUUGCUAAUCUUGGCGCCGCCAUCUUCAGCCGCCGCCGCCGCCGCCGCCGGAAGGAAGGUAGGCGGAAGGAAGGAGGUGAAGGACGUGAAGAGCAAUCAAGAGAUUCAAGAAUUGGGGAAAUACUGCGUUCUAGAGUACAACAAGAAGAACCUCCACGGCAAAGCCGAAUUGCUCAGCUUCUCGGAGGUGGUGGAGGCGGAGACGCAGGUGGUGUCCGGGAUAAAGUACUACCUCAAGAUCUCCGCCGCCACCGCCGCCAAUGGUGUCCGGGGGUACUAUGAUGCGGUCGUAUGGGUCAAGCCGUGGGCGGCGAAACCCAAGAAGGUUCUCAAAUUUGCACCUUCGUCUCCCCAAGGAGUUUCGGGUUUGGCUCACAAAUCCAACCCAAGUAUAAUUAAUAUUGAUAUGUUAGUAUGAGGGAGCAUUAUGAUGAGAUCUUAUCUUGUUGUAGAAGAUUGAUGGUUGGACAUAUGAGCUGAUCCAUGAAUCAUUCUACUAUGUAGAAGGGUUGUUUUUCUCCAAUUUUCAAUCAUGGAAUAAUAAGGGGAGAAGUGCAAUGACUAUUAUGUUCUUAAAUCUUGUUUUUUGUUUAACCUUUUUUGCUUUAAGGGAGUAGUAUGCAUGUUGUUUUUGAAUUUACUAGAUAAUGUGGGAAUCAAGGAGAGAAUUAGAGAGUUUUAUGAGAGAGCCAUUGCCAAUUUGCCUCCUGCUGAGGAGAAACGUUAUUGGCAGAGAUAAAUAUACUUGUGGAUCAAUUAUGCUUUAUAUGAGGAGCUUGAUGCACAUGACAUGGAACGCACUAGAGACGUCUAUAGGGAGUGUCUAAAAUUGAUCCCUCAUAAAAAGUUUUCAUUUGCCAAGAUAUGGCUUUUAGCAGCCCAGUUUGAAAUAAGGCAGUUAAGGCUUAAUGCUGCCCGAUCAAUCCUUGGAACAGCAAUUGGAAAGGCUCCAAAGGACAAGAUAUUCAAGAAGUACAUUGAAAUAGAAUUGCGAUUAGGCAAUAUUGAUCGUUGCCGAAAACUUUAUGAGAAAUACUUAGAGUGGUCCCCAGAGAACUGUUACGCUUGGACAAAAUUUGCUGAGCUGGAAAAGUCUUUGGAUGAAACGGAGCGGGCAAGAUCUAUUUUCGAGCUUGCAAUUGACCAAGUUGCAUUGGACAUGCCAGAGUUACUAUGGAAGGCGUACAUUGACUUUGAGAUAUCAGAAGGAGAAUUUGAAAGGACUAGAGCAUUGUAUGAGCGGCUUCUAAACCGCACAAAACAUUUGAAAGUGUGGAUUAGUUAUGCUAAGUUUGAAGCUUCUGCUGUAGAAGGGGACUCCUCGGACCCUGAACAACAAGACGUCAGUCAUGAACAAAAGGAAGAAGGCUUACACCGGGCUAGAGAUGGAACGUGGUAGACAUUCUGUAGAUAUGGGUAAUCUUCAACGCAAUCGAAAGAAGGAAGUUGCGACAACUCAUCCUAGUUUACGCAAAGGUAAAGGUAAAGUGCGGGCCGGGUCUACUUCUCAAAGUCGAGAGGAUUUUGAACCGGAAUACCAACGGCGAGAUGGGGAUGCGAUGUCCGACGAGCAACUACAACAACUAUUGACGCAAAAUGAUGGCCGCUUUUUCCAUCAAUAAAGCAUCUCCGAGUCCAUUCACACCAUUGACGAAGACGAGCUCGAGGAUGACGAUGCGGAUGAGGACGCGGGGGGCAACGGCGGUCACGACAACCCGGAUGAUGUGCAAGAUUUGGAGGACGAGGAUGGUUCAUCCCAAACGACCCAAACUGGUAAGACAUCUAAAUCUCUUCUUAUGAAAAAUAAUUAUACAAAGAGGAAAGACAACAAAACGGAGAAAUGGUACACAUGAACUUGCAAUCAUUGCAAAAAGGAGUAUAGCUUGGGAGUUUCCGGCGGAUACGGGAGCCUCAAAAGGCAUCUUAAGGCCAAGCACCCAAUGGAGUAUGCGAAAUUAGAGGAAGACAACGGAAAGCAAACUCAAAUUUCGAGGUUUGCAAAUAACCAACAACCUUUUGGUAAUUUCUCAUACAACGCUGCACAAAAUUUGACAGGUAUGGCUAACUUACUUGUUGAAGAAAAUUUGCCUUUUUUGUUUUCUGAAAGUGUUGCUUUAAAAGAUUAUGCACAAACUUGUUUAAAUCCUCAAUUUAGAGGUUAUAGUCGCAAAACGGUUAAAAAAGAAAUCAUAAGGCUUUAUCGUGCGGAAAAGACAAGGUUACAAGAUUUUUUUGCAAACUUUGAUGGACGUGUAACUAUUUGUUCUGAUAUAUGGGAGGAUGAAUUUCAUCAUAUAUAUUAUUUGGGUCUGACUGCACAUUUUGUUGAUCAUGAUUGGAAUAUGGAUAAACGUGUUCUAGCUUUUCGUGAAUUUAAUGAACGUCACACCGCUGAACAUAUUUUUAUUUUAAUGGAGCAUAUUUUAAUUGAGUAUAAUUUGUUUGAUAAGGUGUUUGUUAUAGGUUUUGAUAAUGCUACUAAUAAUACUGCUGCUAUACCGAAAUUGCGUGAAUUGUGUGGUGCUAAUACUUUGAUGGGCCGAUUUUUUCAUCAACGAUGUGCAUGCCAUGUUAUUAAUCUAUGUGUGCAGGACGGUCUCAAAGCGUUAGGUGAUGCUUUGGAGGAAGUCAAGGGGGGUAUUAGACGUAUUUGGGCUAAUGGCCAGCUUAGAUUACAAUGGAAAAAUUAUUUGACUGAAAGAGGUGUUAAAUAUAUUUCUUUUUCUAAAGAUUUGUCUAUUCGUUGGAAUAGUACUUACAAAUUAAUUAAAGUUCUUUUUAGAUAUAAAGAACAUUUUGCUGUUUUUUUAAAAGAAUAUGAUAACUAUAUUUUAAACUCCGCUCAUAUCAACACUUGCAAAAAGAUUUGUAAUGUUUUGGUAUAUUUUAAUAAUGCAACUGAAAGUUUUAGUCAUGUUUAUAAACCUACCUCAAACCAUUUUAUUCGUGAAGCGGUUAAUCUUGCCGAUGCUUUUCAACAAUUUGAGGAUGCCGAUUACGUGAGCUAUUUUUGUGGUUUUAUGAAGGAAAAGUUUUUGAAAUAUUAUGCACAUAUUCCGCAUAUUUAUGGUAUUGCAUUUAUUCUCGAUCCUCGUUUUAGAAUGUGUAAUUUGGAAGAAUGUUUAAAGUUUUAUUAUCAUGCUUUUUUUGGUCCAAUGGCUACGUAUGACGAUAAGGCCUUAGAUCCGGCAGUAGAAUACAACGAGGUUAGUACUUUAUUUUAUGCCUUAUUUAAUGAGUUUCAUGCACAAUAUGCCAACGCGCCCCCUCCCCCGACACAAACAUCUUCAUCUAAAGGAAAAUCACUUUUUAAAUCUGCAUUUGGCAAUUUUAUGAAAAUGAGGUUGAGUUUGAUGAAAAUGAGGACUUUGACGUUCUAAAGUGGUGGAAGUCAAAAGAAAGAAUGUUCCCGAUUUUAGCACAGAUGGCUAAGCAAGUGCUGUCAAUGCCGGUUUCAACGGUUGCCGUAGAGCAAGAAUUUAGUGCGGCCGGGAUCGUCCUAACCCAAUCUAGAACGAGUUUGAGCGCGGAGUCUCUUGAGACUCUUAUAUGCUACCACGAUUGGUUGAAGGCCAUACGUAGAACUCAAGAAAUUAACAUCACCCCCUCCCAAGACUUUAUGGAUGAAUCAACCGAGGGUGACUCUACUUAUGCCGGAGAUUCCGAUUGAUUAGUAUUUUACAAUUUAUUAUAAUGUAUUUCAUGUUUUAAUUUUUCCCUCA